GAUCGUUAAAAAGACGUAGCAAAAGCUGGGGAGGGAAAGCUGAGAGCCUGGGACACCCAACCCCAUCCAGCCCCUAUCGCUGCUUUGUUCCAUAUUUAGCCCCCGACAACUGUCUCCAGCGCAGGGACUCCCAGCUCUGUUUUCUCCCUGCCCCCUGCACUCCCCGAGCUCUCAGAAAUUGCUCUUUUUCCCGGUGGCUGUAACUGACUGCCCCUACAGCCGAGAAGAUGGCAGAAAAGCAGGAGGAGCCCAGCAACACCCAGAAUGGUGAACCCGACAACGCAGAGGAGGGCGAGGGGAAGAAGAAGAAGAAGGUGAAGAGGGAAGACCUGCCUCCGUUUGAGAUCGUGACAGGGGAACGCCUCCCAGCCAUAUUUUUCAAGUUCCAGUUCAGGAACGUGGAAUACAGCUCAGGCAGGAACAAAACCUUCCUGUGUUACGUUGUAGAGACCCAAGGCAAAGAGUCGACGACUUCCCGGGGUUACCUGGAAGAUGAGCACGCAGCCUCCCAUGCAGAAAUCGCUUUCUUUAACACCAUUUUGCCAAAGUGUGAAUCGAGCCUCCGCUACAACAUCACCUGGUACGUCUCCUCCAGCCCCUGCGUGGCCUGCGCCGAUCGGAUCAGCGAGACCCUGAGGAAGAACAAGAACCUGCGCCUGACCAUCAUGGUGGGACGCCUCUUCAUGUGGGAGGAGCCAGACAUGCAGGCUGCCCUGAAAAAAAUGAAGUCUGCUGGCUGCAAGCUGAGGAUCAUGAAGCCUCAAGACUUUGAGUACGUCUGGCAGAACUUUGUGGAACAGGAAGAAGGAGAGGAAGCAAAGGCUUUCGUGCCAUGGGAGGACAUUCAAGAGAACUUCCAGUACUACGAGGAGAAGUUGGCUGAGAUUCUGCAGUGAAGCUCACGCCCAUCUCAGGAAAGAUCCACACAGAGACACAACUGACUUGGACAUUGGGACACCCCUGCCUCCCAGAGCUUUGAAUCCAGCAGAUGCAGUGCCAGCUUCUGGAAUUUUAGGCCCUGAUGGAUGACAAAUAUGCGUACAACAGCUAUUUAGUGUUUGGAAUCUUAUGGUACUUUGUUUUGUUGUUCUUCUCCACUCAGCCCGCUCCCCCGAAACAAAACUGUGCUGUCACUGCUGCCAGGAACAGGCACUGAGCUGUGUGGUUAAAGCCUUGAAUGAAAUGCAUUGCAGUGGAGCAACAGGAAUGAGCGUAGGCCUCACAUACCAGGAUUACUUGGAGAUAAAAGACUGCAGAACAAAGCUGCCGAUGUGAUAAACUUACUGACAAACAGCAUGCUUCAUCAACAUCAAAAAGAUAAAUAAAAUUCUAUUCCUCUGUCCUCCUCAAUAACAGUACCUGCAAUUUAAGUUACAGUUAAUUUCUUAAUUCUACAGUUAUGGUGGAGCCCUAAAUACUUGAUUUUGAAUGCAUCAGAUACAAUUUUCCCCUUGUUCAGUAUGUCUGUGAUAUAAACCUGGGCUAAGCAAACGAAAUAAAACUGGAGCCCGCUGAAAAAAAGCAGUGUUAUCUGUUCUCUAUUUCAAAGAGGGCCCCAAAUUAACCUGACAGGUAGAUGCUGUGGGACACCCACACACGAUACGAAAUUCGUAUCUGGAGCACAGCAUGAUCAGAAGGGAGAGUUAGCAGUACAGGGAGUUUCAGGAGAAUGCACAAUCACAGAGAUGCACAGACAGAAAACAUGGGAUUGUACUUUGCAUACACAAGGCACAGAACAGAUGGAGGCGACAGAGCAGCACACCAACUAGGAAACUGAGUCAGAAAGGCCUCCUUCUUCCAACUGCUGGAUGUGGGAUGUUGAUUGCUGCACUGUCACAAAUUUGAAAGGCACUAAACAUGCACAAGCACACAAAAAAUGCUGCAUUACCUUCCAGUGAAAAAAAAAGAAAAGAAACAAAAGCUCCAAGCAGCAGUAAGAGCACCUUUGGGUGCUGCGGCUUUCAUUUCUUUGCCACUGGAUUUAGAAAACAGAUAAAAGCCCAAGGGCCAAAUGAAGGAACAGUCCUGAUGUUCACCCUUGAUCAGCUCAAUACUCCGAGUUCCUUUGUCUUGCUCAAGUUUAUUUCUCACAGUUCUGUAUUUGGCUACAGCAAUUAUCCACCAAAACCAAGCAGCAGAGGAGUCAAAUGGGAAGGAAAACACUGUGCAGUUCUUAAAGACACAAAACAGAAUCUGCAGAACUCCACCAAAGAAAACACAUAAUACAGAUUCACCCAUAAAGUCAGAACAGGAACGGCUCCAUACAUUCAAUAAGCAGCAAGGAGCAACUCAAAACCUUUCUUUCCACUAUCAACUUCUCAGCUGUCCCAUCUAUUCGGUUUAAUCAAUAUUUCUGGCAUUUCUGUGAGCAUUCGAUGUGACAGAAGUAGAAAGAUUUGGUAUUACAGGGCAGAGGGUAAAAAUCAAACACAAAGGAAAUACUUGAUGUUAGCUGUUCAGUACCGGAACCAAAC